AUGGUGGCGAUCUCAGAUAGUCGCAACGAAGACAGUAGCCCCACGAUACCCAAGAAGCUGUCUCGGCAUCUAUUACAUCUCGUCAGUCGCGCGCAGAUGAGUCCGAGAGAAGCAGUGCGAGAACCGCCUCGCUCACUCUGGCGCCAGGCACUGAUUUGGCCUUCUAGUCCCGCGUUACUCAAGAAAAACGCCCGUGUUGCAGCUCUAGAAAGGAGUCAUAGAGGUAGUAGUAACCAGAACGAGCCAUGUGUUAGUUCUAGUGAGAUUCAAUCCACCGUGGACACAACAGUCUUCGCGUUGGAGCAGCAGAAUGACCAGCCACAGGACAAAGAGACUCAUGUACUCCAAGCAGAUAAGAGCAUCAGCCCUCGCAAAGCGGCCGCAAAGGACAACAACCUCCUCGAUCUCAGCAGCUCGGUCAAGAAACCCGAACUUUCGGUCCUCAAACUGACACAAGGCAGUGCUAUCCACGCGACGACAUCGGCAUCGUCGUUGAAAGUACUGCAGUCAUCACUUCCCGAGCCACCACUGAACAUCGUCAAGCGUGCGUCGCUCUACGAGGAACUUCGCGAGUUCU